AUGGCAUCAACUCUUCGAAACGUGGUUGUGGUGGGAGGUUCCUAUGUCGGCUCGAGUGCAGCCAAAGAACUUGCAAACCUACUACCUGCAACGCAUCGUGUUGUCCUCAUCGACCCACACAGCCAUUUCCAUCACCUAUUUGCCUUCCCUCGAUUUGCCAUACUACCCGGCUAUGAGCACAAGGCUUUCAUCCCGUACUCGGGUGUUUUCGCGGCGACGCCAGAUCCAUCACGCCACACUGUGAUUCAAGCUAAAGUAAUGUCGCUGCAGCCGAAGCAACUCACGCUAGACCGCGAGUGGCAGGGAUCCAAGAUCUUACCCUUUGACUAUCUUGUUGCUGCGACAGGCACGAGACUGCCUAGUCCAGGGUCCAUGCUACACAAUGAGAAAGUUCCAUCGGUUGAAUAUCUCCAAUCAUAUCAGCGGGGUAUCAAGGAUGCCAAGUCAGUCAUUGUGGUUGGCGGCGGUGCCGUUGGUGUCCAGAUGGCUUGUGACCUGAAGGAGUUAUACCCCGACAAAGAAAUCACACUUGUGCACUCGCGAGACCAGCUAAUGCCAGUCUACCACGAGAAAUUGAGCGACAUGAUCAAGACUAGAUUCAAGGAAUUGAAUGUCAACCUCACAACCGGGUCUCGCGCCGUUGUGCCACAGGGGGGCUUCGACAACAAUGCCAAACCCAUCAACCUGACGCUUCAAGACGGCCGCACACUAGAGGCGGACUUUGUGAUCCAAGCCACAGGCCAGAUUCCCAACAAUCAGUUCCUCAAUCAAUUGUUGGAAUCGUCGGCCCCCAACUCCUUGAUCAACCCCAAUAAUGGAUUUAUUCGCGUAAAGCCGACACUGCAAUUCCAGAACCCCGAGUACUCACACCUAUACGCUGUCGGUGACAUUGCGGACACUGGAGCCCAUAAGGCGGCCAGGCCUGGUGCUGCCCAGGCGGCUGUUGCAGCGAAGAACAUCGCUGCUAUGAUUGCGGGCAAGGAGCCAGCGGAGACGAUAGUGAUUGGCUCGCCGGGCAUUCAUCUGACGCUGGGGCUGACCAAGAACACCAUUUUUCGAAACCCGGGUGAAGGGGAGACGGAGCCGUUUAUCAACUUGAAGAAUGAUGGACGUGCAGACAUGGGCAUUGAUGGGGUGUGGGAGCGACGGGGUGUAAAAGUGAGCAGUCCAAAUGACUACCGCCUCUAA